AUGAUUCCAGCUAAUUACAGAAUUAUCACAGUCUGCAAACUAAUUAAUUAUAUUAUUAUUUGUGAAUUUGUCUGUUUUAAGCAACAAAGAGACGAUGUGUUAGUCCGAUUGUCGAUAGGAGAUUUGAUUGGACAGAAAGUAACAGUUUAUAAUGUGCCUUGGACUUCUGAUCCACCUCAGUCGGAGCAUAUGUGGUGGAAAUAUUUUGAUCCUACUUCUUUACCUGCAGUAAAUAAUAUUACGGUAAUGGUGUUUUUGGGGGUCCCAUAUGCUGAACCUCCUGUUUCGCAGCGUAGAUUCAAGUCUCCGCAAAUUCUAACGAAAUUUCCUGGAGAGCAGCCAUUUCUAGCGCUUGAGCAUCCACCUUCUUGUGCACAAGAUGUUGGAGCACGCUCCUCGUUAUUCAUUAAAGAACCUUAUCCGUUUCGUAUCAGUGAGGACUGUCUUUACUUGAAUAUUUUCACUACUAGUAUAUCGAACGGUGGUCGUCCCGUUAUAGUUUUCUUUCAUGGUGGCAAUUUUCAAACUGGUUCAGCUAAUGACUGGCCUGGUCAUGUGUUGUCUUCGCGAGGUGUUGUUGUUGUCACUGUGAAUUAUCGGCUUGGUGCUUUCGGUUUUCUAAGUUUUGGAGGCUCGGAAACUGGCAAUUACGGCUUGAAAGACCAAAGAACGGCUUUACAGUUUGUACAAGAUCAUAUUGCUUUUUUUGGCGGAGACCCAAGACAAGUAACAAUUGUUGGACAUGAUGCUGGGGGCGUCAGUGUUGGUUUACAUAUGCUGUCGCCUUAUUCAAAAGGUUUAUUCAGAGCAGGUGUAGCAAUGUCUGGUUCAGAAGUUUCAUAUCAUUCAACGAUUUCUAAAUCCAGUCUUGCAUAUAAUAAUAUGGUGAAACUUGGACGAUAUUUAGGUUGCACUCAUACUUUAGCUGAACAUAUCUGGGAUUGCAUAUUAACGCGUUCAACAAAUGACAUCAUAGAGGCUGUUGGAACAAUACCGGUGGAAUAUAAUCGCUAUCUUUUCCUGCCUCAUGUUGAUAGAAAUUUUGUGCGUGCUGAUCCUCUAUGGCUCUUAAAAUCAAUUCCAACUGCUGUUAUCAAUUACCCAUCACCAGUACCUUACCUUGUCAGUUUGAAUAAGCAUGAUGGAUCUGAGGUAUUGCUUGAAGAUCGACUGUUAGAUAGGUUUAACAAUUUCGAAUUGGUAGAUCAGGAGUAUCUGGAAAACUAUGUUCUUGAAUAUGCAUUUCGCCAUAAUUAUACAACUAAUCGUCAAGCUAUUACAGAAGCAAUUAUUCAUCGUUAUACAUAUUGGCCAGAUCCAUCUAACAAAAUUGCAAUUAGAAAUGAAUUUAUACGUAUGAUAACAGAUGCUUACUAUGUAGCUCCUGUAAGCCUUUCUGCAUAUUUACAUUCUGUGGCUGGUUCACGAGUCUUCAUGUUUGUGAAUAAUUAUGAAUUUGGAAAGAGUUGGAACACUUCACUUUUUCCAGAUUGGAUGAAUGUUUGUCAUGAUUGUGACUUGUAUCUUUUAUUUGGUUUCCCGUUUAUGCCUAAAGAAUUUUUGCAAUCACGCUUUACGAAUAUAAUAUGGACGGAUACAGACCGAAAUGCUAGUCAACUUCUAACAUCAGUAUUUCGACAGAAUCCAAAUCUUCCAACUGAUUCUAGUUGGCUUGCUUUUGAACCGCGCUCACAUUGGUAUGUCAAUUUUAAUUAUUCUCGUCAUUCUGACCUGACUAAGUUUGGUUCAUUAGAGAGGGAUUAUCGUUGGGAAUCGGUAUCAUUCUGGAACGCAUAUAUUCCUUCAUUGGUGCAGUAUAUGACAACUACAUUUUCGCCGUUUGAAACUAAAAUUCAGAAACAAUUGAUUGCUUAUCAAGUAGCAAUGGGUGUAAUUAUAUGUAUACUGUUAGCAGUUCUUGUUUUAAUGUGUGUAUUUGCUUAUUUGCUCUGUAAUAGAAGUUCUGAACGAAUUAUGAGGAAACGUGAUUUUCACCGAGUUGAGCACGCGCCUUCUUUGUUAUAA